AUGGACGACGUUCCGAGCGACAGUAUUCGCAGAGCAGAAACCAGCUUCUUCGCGAGUAAUAUCCUUCUUGUCCUGAUCCACGGCUGUUCAAGAGCCUCUACGGUCAUCUCCCUUUGGCGAGUAUGCCAGUCGACGCCUAGCUCAAAGUUCGCCAUCACCAUUUCCUUCACCAUCGUCGCCUGGUCGAUCGCAUCAAUCGUUGGGCUUGUAGUUCGACGUGCUGUGGGCGAGGAGUUCUGGAGACCUGUCGGUGCGGACUGCAACUUCGCUCUGUGGGCAUCCAUAUCGCUUUCCGGGCUCGCAAUUGAUGUGGCCAUGGCGGCCUGCGCACUUACUUUCAUUGCAGGAUUGCAGAUGGCAGUGUCAAAGAAGAUAUAUGCGCUGCUCGUCUUUGGGGCCGGAAUAUGCACAAUCAUACCGAACGGCUACGGCUUAGCCUACCUUCAUCGCCACGUCGACGAGAUCGCUCGCGAUGCAAGCAUAUCUUCUGCUCCUUUUGUCAACGCAAAUCAAGCCGCGAUCGCCGUGGCCGUAUGGACCAGGGCCUUCGAGACAGCACGGAAGCUCCAGCAAGAUAUGGGUUAUGCUUCCUGCGGUCUAGCCAGCUUCUCUGCAAGCGACUAUAUCCGGGGAACCCAAGCCAGUCGCACGAGAGCCUUCUAUGCAGGAGGCUCCAAGCACUCCCGCACAGCUCAAGCUUCGGCUUCAAGACCGAGACGCACCGUUUCGGAGGAUGAGUUGCGACUACGACCGCGCGCGGGCGAUGAUCGCAUCUCGAUCAUGGCAAGAGAUGGAACUGAUGCAACGGGUGUGAGCGUGAAGAGCUCUAGUGCCAUUGGCGGGAUCAAUGUCAGGCAAGAGUUCGGUUGGUCUGUGGAUGAUAGCCAUAGUGAGAGAUAG